AGGGUCAGCGUCAGCGACUAAUUUUUUUUCUUAGCUUUGCCGUUAUUCUUGCGUCUUUCGUGGUAAUAACCAAAUUCAUCCCCAUUUUUAGAGAGAGAAACUUCAUUCGAUAUUUCUUGAAACAUUUUCUUCAUUGGAAAACUUUGAGGAAAUUUUGGAAAGGGAGAGGAUUCAUUAUUUAGGUAUUUCGCUCUGGAUUCCACCUUUUACCUUCCGUGUUUAGGAGGUGGUUAUGCCUUUUGGCUUUCAGGUUCAAGACUUUGUUUUAAAGGACUCAUUUUAUUUAAUUAAGAUAAUUAAGAUAUGGAGCAUGUCCACUUUUGGUCAAACAGCUUCAUUUUUCGGGUCCUUUCAUUCCAGAAAGUUACUGACUGGAGGUUCUCUAUUCUCGGAGAUUUCCUUGUUUCCUUUGUCAACAGCACCUAGUGCCCAAAUUCUAGAUGAUCAAUAUAGGAGGCCUGAUGCACUUUUCUAUUAAGAACUCUGUUGGAUCUUUAGUGCUCUCCUAUGAGUUAGUCGCCUCUCAUAGUGUUGGAAAGUGGUUUUGUGCUGCAUUUCCUCGUUCUGAACCUUUUGCUUGAUGCUCUCCUUUUCUGCUUGCAUCUCAAUUCAGCACUUUGCGGAGUACUUGUCAAUUCCAGAUACCUUGUCGGUCUCCUGCAGGGCUGGUUGUUGCAGCUUGAAGAAUGCAGAUUGCUUUUGUAGUCACCACUAGAUAACCCUAUCCAAUUAGACUCUUUGUGCCUGUUAGUAUUUUCUUUGUUCCUCUGGAUCUCUGUUAGGUGCGUCAAAGUCAAUUUCCAGGUAUCCUUUUCAGUUCCAUGUUAGCAUUGUUAUUAUGAUGUAGUACGGGGAUUCCUUGAAGAAAAUGUUCUGGAGUGCCCACACGUAUCUGCCAUCUACCCUUUGGGAUUGUCUCAGAACCGGUGUUUAUAUACCUACUGUGAUUAGGCCUUCAGCUAUAGUCAAUUACGGGAGUUGACAUCAUAGGCCCACAAGUACUAUUUUAGAAAAUUAACGGUGAUUCAGCUGGAUCAACCAUACAACUUAUUGUAUUGCGUUAUUUACAAGCAUAUUGGGGAUCUUUCUUGUGUGUUUCGUCUAAGUAAUUCGUCUAUUUUUUGAAUAAAGAGCACUUUGCCAGCUACUUCAUUUUGCUGUUUUCUGACUCAGCUAUGGAGAGGUACAAGUUAAUAAAGGAAGUUGGUAAUGGAACUUUCGGUAGUGUUUGGCGUGCUAUACAUAAGCAGACUGGAGAAGUUGUGGCUGUUAAGAAGAUGAAGAAAAAAUAUUAUUCAUGGGAAGAAUGCAUAAAUUUGAGAGAAGUGAAGUCACUAAAGAAGAUGAGCCAUCCAAAUAUUGUUAAGCUGAAAGAAGUUAUUAGAGAGCAUAAUAUCCUGCAUUUUGUGUUUGAAUACAUGGAGUGCAAUGUGUACCAGCUUAUGAAAGAUAGGAUAAGGCCUUUUUCAGAGAAUGAAGUUCGACAUUGGUGCUUUCAAGUGUUUCAAGCCCUUGCUUACAUGCACCAGCGUGGGUAUUUUCAUCGUGAUCUCAAGCCAGAAAAUAUACUGGUGUCAAAAAAUGUUAUCAAAGUAGCUGAUUUUGGUCUUGCUCGAGAAAUAAGUUCCGGGCCACCUUAUACUGAAUAUGUUUCCACACGCUGGUAUCGGGCUCCUGAAGUACUACUCCAGUCCCCAACUUACACUUCUGCUGUGGAUAUGUGGGCGAUGGGUGCAAUAAUGGCUGAAUUGUUUACUCUCCGUCCUCUUUUCCCUGGAUUAAGCGAAGCUGAUGAGAUCUAUAAGAUAUGCAGUGUGAUUGGAACUCCAACUGAGAAUUCUUGGAGUUAUGGGCUUCUGCUUUCUAAAGCCAUGAACUACCAGUUCCCACAGCUUUCUGGCGUGCAUCUUUCCACCCUCAUGCCCUCGGCAAGUGAUGAUGCCAUAAGCCUCAUUAAGUCUCUUUGUUCCUGGGACCCAUCUAAGAGGCCCACAGCAGCGGAGGUCCUUCACCAUCCCUUCUUUAAGAAUUGUUUGUACAUCCCGCCAUCUCUACGGUCCAGAGAAGUUGUGAACAGAACACCCCCGUCGCUGGGAACAAGGGGGUAUUUUGAGCAGAAAUCUGCUAGGAAGAGUAGCGGUCCUGGAUCUCUUCCCGUUUCAAAGGCUACGAAUCUGAAACCUCAUGCUGCCUUUGGUGCGUGUGUACAACGCAAACUGGAUAUGGAUAGCAAGGAUUUGAACAGGAAUGACAAAUCUUUCAAGAACUCUGUUAAACAACCAAAAUACCAACCACCAGUUACGAAUGGUUCAUCAUCCGUUUACCCAGGGAGAAGCACUCGUAUGGUAAGCGAUGCAGCAGAGAAGUUGUCCAACAUGUCUCUGAGCUCUGGCAGGCAGGCAAUGAAGCAAUCAGUACCGCCACCUAUGAAGGCCGGAGGAUGGCACGGUCAAUCACAUGUAUUUGCAGGACGAUCUCAGGAUAUCCAACCCAGCCGAACCAUUACAAGGAAAGUUGCUGGAUGAAAAGUUCUAUACAUCUUGGUUGUACUACAAUACACAACUAGAACAGUUGCAGUUGGAUGUUAUAUACUAGUAGUGUUUUCCUGGUGUGUUUGUUAUUUGUUGAAUGUUUGUCUGAAGGGAGCUAUGCUUUGAGACUUAUCGCCUCGGUUUUUAUGUAUUAACUGGAGUUAUGAGAACCUUUAAUGCUUUAUAUGUUGGGAUGUUGCUAUCGUGGAUGUAAUAACUACUAAACUACCUAUUUGCGUAAUCUUUUGUAUCUUUUUUG